GGGGGGGGCGUGGAUUCUGGGGCGGGGGGGAGACCGCAGAUGUUCGCAACGAUGUUCACCACCCGCGAGGAUGUGGACGCCGCUCUUCGCGCCGAGGCCCGCCCGACAAGAUGCCGAACCUUCCUCACUGCCUCGCCAGCGACCUCCGAGUGCCGAAAACGUUCAAGGGGGCCAUGCGGUCUCAACAUUCAGAGUUGUGGGAUGAUGCAGUCGGUCGAGAGUUUUUCGGUUUGUUGGGUGCAGGAACUUUUAGUCCGGUGUAGCAACCAGUAGAGAACGCCAUCAAUGCUUAGUGGGUCUUUAACUGUGAGGCAGACGAGUACGGACGGCCGACGAAAUUCAAGGCAAGACUUGUAGCGCGGGAGGACAUGCAGAGGGAAUCGAUUGAUUUUGGAGAAUUGUUUGCACCCACCGCAUCAGAGUCUAGUGUGCGCUUAUUAGCAGCAUUAGCAUAUGAGCAGAGUCUUGAUUUGUGCCUUUUUGAUAUUCAGCAGGCUUUUGUGCAGUGUGAGCUUGAUGAGGAUGUUCUCAUGCGCUUACCGCAGGGGUGUGGUAGGUUAUCUGGCCUGAUGGUGAAGCUGUGCAAGAGUCUGUAUGGUUUGAAGCAGGCAUCAUGACAUUGGCAUGCGCACCUGACGCGGUGUCUUUCUUUUAGUUUUUUUGCGGUGUCUGGCGGAUGCAUGUGGUUUUCGAUUGAUGGAGGAAGGACGUGUGAUCUUGAUCAUCGUGGUCCACGU